CAGCCCUUGUUAAGUGUGCGGCGAAACCUGGUAUGGUGGAAGCACAGCGCCGCGGAGGGGCAUUCUGGUGAACGGGACUAGCUGGGACUAGUUCUGGGACGUGAUUUGGAAAGAUAACGCCACAUACCGGAAGCCGGGGGGAGCGUCUUCCGAGCUUGAAACAAUAACACUACAGAGGGCUCUGGCUUCACGAGGCGGCGGAAGUUAAUCGACUCCAACAUGGAGCUGGUCGCAGUGGGGUUCUGGACCGAACAUCGCCGCGUUUGGAUGUAGCUCUCCGCGGCUGCUGGCGGUUAACUCCGUCAAUCUAUUUUUCUUUUCCUUUUUUGCGCCUAGUUGAACCGCCGUGACAGCACACCAUUGGGCUGUUCCAAGCACCUCUAGCCCUCCCCCCCAGGGGUAGUUUUUCUCAGCUUCCCUGCUGUUGGUGUGACCCUCCAGGACGGACAGGGCAGUCAUGCUUUCCGUGCGCAUCGUUACCGCAGACUACUACCUAGCAAGUCCCAUUAAAGACCUGGACGUCAGCUACUCUUCGUUCAGGGAGAGCGACGUGAAGAGGGUGCCGGUGGUUCGGAUAUUCGGAGCCACACCAGCUGGUCAGAAAACAUGUCUCCAUCUCCACGGCAUUUUUCCGUACAUCUACGUGCCGUACGAUGGAUGUGGGCAGCCCCCCGAGCGCCACCUGCGGCAGGUGGCUUUCAGCAUCGACAGAGCCCUCAACGUCGCCAUGGGAAACCCCGCCUCCAGCGUCCAGCACGUCUUCAAAGUGGUGCUAGUCUCUGGCAUGCCUUUUUACGGCUUCCACGCUAAGGAGAAGCACUUCAUGAAGAUCUACCUGUACAACCCUCAGAUGGUGAAAAGGGUGUGCGAGCUCUUACAAAGUGGAGCCGUGAUGAACAAAAGUUAUCAGCCCCAUGAAGGCCACAUCCCCUACCUGCUGCAGCUCUUCAUAGACUACAACCUGUACGGCAUGAACUUGAUCAACCUGGCUGCUGUAAAGUUUCGCCGGAGCCACAACAGAGAAGCAGAUCCAGACAGAGCCGGUCCAAGCUGUCGUCCCAGUCCAUGGAAGAGUCCCUGCAACUCCAAGCUCAAUGACAGCACCAUAGGAGGCACCUAUGUUGUCUGGGAGGAGAAUACGUUACCCAGCUCCUUAGUCCUGGAUGAGGUUGGGAAGCAGAGUACCUGUGAGCUGGAGGUCGACGCUGUCGCUGUAGAUAUCCUCAAUCGCCUGGAGAUUGAAAAUCAGGUCGGCAGAAACCCAGGUCUACAGGCCAUCUGGGAGGAUGAGAAGCAGAGGAGGAGGAAGAGGGAGCAGUCUUCACAGAUUGAAAGCCCAGAUUCACAAGAUCGUGGUUUUGUCGCGUCGACGGACAGCGAGACCAUCUUCCUCAAAAGGCUAAAAGAGAUUCUAAGGGAAAACCAUUUUGACGUGACUCAGGAUCAGUCUGCGCGUGACGAGCAGGAUCAUUUCCUGGCCGACCUUACUCUCCAUCCUGAAGGCCUGACCCCAGACGGACCUCAGUGUACUCCUGCUAACGCUGUGGAGGAGCACAGAGACUCCCAGCCAGACUCGCUGAGGCCCAGCGGGAAGGUCCCAGACGAAGCCGUCGUUGAUGAAGAGGCCAUCCUGGAUCUGCUGGAAAGCAGUCAGACGUUCCUGCCUGUCUCCCAGUCAUCGAACCAUUCAGCCUUGUUAGAUGGAAGCAGAGACCACGCCAUCAUUGAUUUGCUGGCAGGCCUGGAGGACGACGGCUUCCAUCGGACCCCCAUCAGCCAGAACUCUCAGCACCGUUCACUCUCUGAUGCCAGAAGCAACCCAUACAACAGCGACGAGGAAGAAGCGGAACCAGAUAUCAACAGGGAGGAGGCGGAGCUCAGUGUUAUGAUGUCGCAGCGGUGGGAUAACGGGCCGGCAGAGACUUCACAGAGGCCAAAAGGGAAAGAAGCAGAAGACGGCCUCAGCGACGAUCAGCAGGACGCCUCUGAUGAGGACAUGGAGUGGAGCGGCAACAGCUCUCUGUUCGCUGACCUUUCCAUCUCCCAGCUUGAUGGCGCGGCGGACGAAAGCAGCGAUUCAUCUCUGACAGACAGCGGCUCCAUAUCCCAGUCUUCACUUGCAGUCACAGAGCUGGUGGGACAAAGAAAUCCUUCGUCAGCAAAAGUGUUAUCAGAGUGCAAACAUCCGGAGCACAGACCUGUUCAUAUGCUGGACACAGAUCAGCCGCUUGACGUGCGUUUCCAGUUAAAAAGCAGCCAGGGAGACGGCAAUGAAUGUUCUGCAGGGUUCCAGAUCAACAAAGAAAUGCCCUACAUCCAGCCUGUGAAACACCCCAUUUCUUGCACGUUGACUAGCAAUCCUGACAAGGCUUCAAUGGACAAAGAGGACAUAAGACCCCUGUGCCCUUAUGACAAGAAGUCCUCCAUACCUGUGGAUAAGUCCGAACUGGAAGGUCUUCCAUUUGGAAGUGACAACAUCACUAAAAGCAGAAAGAUUUAUGGCAGCAUAGAACACGUAGGGACAAACUGUUUGACUAUUCUUCAAAAACACGGCAGUUUUCUGUGUUACUCUGAGCUAAAGUCCAAGACAGAGUUGGACCUCAGUACCAUGGACAGUAAAAGCCAAGUUUUGACUAGCAUCAGCUCCUCGCCCAUGAAAGAAGACGGGUUUGUGAAUCCACAGAAAGAAGAAAUGGGCCAGGAAACGGAAGAAGGAGAUGUUGGUGAGCUGAAAAUCAGAUAUGAAGACUAUCAGGAAAAUAAAACCGAGAAGACCAUUGUGGCCCAACAGGAGGCACACUACAAGUUCUUCCCCAGUGUUAUUCUCUCCAAUUGCCUCAGCAGGAGGAAGGCUGGGAACAAGAAACCCGUGGACAAUCAAGAACUGUCGCCGUCUCGGAGGUCAAAACUUAAAACGUCUAAGAAAAGAUUAGGAAUGGCAGGUCAUAGAAACAAAACAAAAUUAAGUCAUGACUCCACGUCAACCGGUACAUCUAACCUCACCUCCUCCAGCCUCCAUUCUGUGACUGUAGAAACCGAGGAGCUCGUAGAUCAACCCACAGUAGAAGCUCAGUCAAUCGGAGAUGAACCAAUGGUAAUUGUUAAAAAAGAAUAUGAUGAAAGCCGUGUAAAUAAACCAAUGGAACCGGCGUCCGAGCUGUUAGUUUCAAACUCCACCAUUAUUACCGCUUCAUCUGAGGUACCCAAAGACUUUAAAGAACAAAUUCUAAGUCCAGAUGAAGAUUUAGCUGCUAAAGUUACAUGUACCAAACCGUCAGCCUUGCCUGGAAGUAAAUACUCCCUGAGGGCCAAACGUAAGACAGUUUGUGACGGUGAAGAUGGAGAACACUCGGGUCCCACUCAGUCUAAGAUCUCAAGCUCUGUCAAAAAAAGACUCAAGGAGACCAAUGUUGCUGGUGGGCUACAUGUCAAAGACCAGAAAAAACGAAAGAAAGAACCACCUAUCAUCAUCAAGUACAUUAUUAUCAACAGGUUCAAAGGACAGAAAAACAUGUUGGUAAAGAUAUCCAGAAUGAAAUCAGGGGAGCAGUCAGUACAGUUGACACCAGACAAACUGGAGCAGUACAACAAACUUGCCCCUCUAAAAGACUUCUGGCCCAAGGUGCCCGAGUCUCCAGCUGUGGAGUUUCCUGUUAUUGAGCUCAAAGCCAAAAAAACACCCAAAAGAAAGGUGAAGGUUAACAGCACAAACAAGAAGACACCACAGAAAGGCCUCAACAACACCUCCAAGCAUUGGUUAAAACGAGGUCGAGGAGUCAAAAGGGCUAAAGGCUGUCAAAGAGGCCCAGUUCUGCCCUCUCUACCCCCGCCUCGACCAUGUUACUGUGAGCUGACAGACGACCGGGACAAUGACUAUAAAGAUGUCAUGGUAGAACUGGGCUAUCUCUCUGACACAUCCCUAAGCCCUGCAGAAUCGACACCUCCACGUUGUUGGUCACCAAGUGACCCUCUUAUGUACAGUAGUUCAGAGCAAUUGAUCAAUCCUCUUAAUGACCCUUGUCUUAGUUCUGCAUUUCACAAGCCACAAAAAAUGUCUUCAACCAAAGGAGCCCAGCGUAGAACCCCCAAACCUAAGAAACCCCCUGAGACAAAAAGGAAAGUUCGAAAGUCUGCUGCUAAGCCUCCAGAAACAGACAAGCCCCAAAAAGAGAACUCAAAGAGAUGUGCUGCUACUAGAUGGACAAAGAAAGUUGAAACUAAAACUGGAAGUCCAAAAACCGCUGGAAGACAAAGAAGGUCUCGUAAAAAGAAAACUGGAGAACCAGAAAUCUGUGAUUUAAGUAAAGACGGCUCUCAGCUUCUGUUCCUUGAAAAUGAGCCACUUCCAUCAGAAGGUUCCUCUCAAGAGGUCCCACCAUUUCAGCAGCCAGUAGACUCGGAAGGUAUCAGCCAAGCUGGAUCCCAGCCUACACCUUCAUCAGAUUCCAACUCAAUAGCGCAGAUUAUUAAACCAAAGGUUGAAGACUGUGACACUUCGAUCAUGGAAAUCAACCAAAGUCUUCUAGGACCAUCUGAGACGAAGCAACAAGGUUGUCAGACGGUUGUAGUAAAGACAGAGGAGGAAAGCACACCUCCAUUACUUUCACAUGCUAGUCAGGCCUCACUUGAACACACUAAAGAUACCAAGCUACCAGAAGUCUCUCCAAACUCUGGUCCAAAGAAUGGGGAGACCCAACCUCUCCCUGAUACCACCUCUGGCUUGGCUGUCCUUAAGCAGCUUCUCCAGAAAAGGCAGCAGGGACAGGCUCUUCCCACACAAGUAGUCGGUACCAACAGCCAUGCUACUGUCGUAGCCAAGGCAACAGCACUAUUAAGUCCUACAGCUAAAUUACCCAAAUCCAGAAAAGCUCCCUCUACAACUCCAAGGAAACCUAGGACUCCAAAGUCUGCCACUCCCAAGGACAAAAAGCAAGAACCAAGAGGCAAGCAAAACAAGAAGGCCAGGAUAAGUAGAAGCCAACCCAAUCCAUUGCCAAAGCAGGAAGGCAGCUUUUUGGAUGACUGUCCACUCUUCCUGUCAGACCCAGAACAAGAUGGUUGCAGCUGCAUGGAGGGGAGUUUGUCACCAGAGCUCCCCCACAACUACUCUUUUGACAUCAAUGAUAUCAGCCGAACGGACUUCUCCAGUCCGUACACCGGCAGUCAGUUUGUCCUGACUGAUAAAAAUCUACCUGUCAAAUUCCUCAGUGACAUCAGUCAGGAAGCAGUGUCUGCUCAGACUAUUGGGUUUGAAGAUCUUCCCCAGAGUCAAGUUUCAUCUCAAAAAGGCCUUGAAGGGGACAAAUCGAGGCCUGCAAGCCCUGACCUCUUUGACAAAUUUGAGAGAAGACAGUCAUCAUCCAGCCUCGCAUUGCUUGAUUCUGAGAAACUGAAGAGCAGAGAUUGGGACGGCACUUCAAAUAAAUUCAGCAAUCGAAGCCCUUUUCAAGACUUCCACUGUGAAAGAGAAGAAUUGCUCUUCUCAGCUUUAGAUCCGGUGCCUCCGCUGGCUUUGAGCUCCGCCUCUUUGGUUGAGCAUGAGGGCUCCCCAACAAGUGAUCUUCUGGAUGGCCUCGAUGGGCUUACGUCCACCACACCCAGCAGUUCCCCUCAGUCAAGCUCCAGCUCUUUGUCACAGGCGAGGGCAAGCCAGCUUCAACGAGCCACAGGGGGUGGAGCCCACAUCCUCAAGCCCCUGAUGUCACCUCCAAGUCGGGAGGAGAUCCUCAGCACUCUGCCAGACCUGGAGUUGUCAGAGGCCACCUUCCAGGAGCCUUUUUGCAGUGAUCCCUCGGACGCCCCUGGUAAACCAAUGGAGGUUGGGGGCCGUAAGCUGUCAGUAGAAACCCGGCUGGUGAAGGAGCUGGCAGAGUUCAGUGGGGAACUUUCCCAGGAGGGUCUCCGGUUCUGGAAGAUGGCCUUCUCUGCCAUGACACGCCCCGCUGCUGCCAUCGUCUCUUCUCCCCAAGACGCAGAGGCAGCCGAAGAACUUGUAUCGUCCUCGGCCUCCAACAAGAAAGUGAUCCUGCUGCCCUGCAGGAACCCGCCGAGCCGCGAGUGCGUGCAGCUGUGGCUGGAAGCCAGGAGGCAGUAUGAGAGCCUGCAGAACCGAAGGAGAGACGGAAUACCUUCAAAAAUGGGGCAGCCUGCUGGUUCUGCCUGUCCGGCUCUGAAGGUUGAACAGGGAGAGAACCAGAACCGGAUCAGGACCCAGAGGAGACGCAACCUGAAUCUGUCCUUGAAUGUGACUCCAGUGAGGAACACGGGUUCGCAGUGCGGGUCCACAGAGCAAAGUCCGGUGUCAGAAGACGGCAGCAGUGGAGACAAGGAUGAAGAUCCUAAGAGCACCUCCCCAGACUCUCCAGAUCUACCCCCGUGGCAGCAGUCUGUGCAGCCGAGUUCUCCAGACACGAACCGCCUCAGCGACCUCAAUAGAACCCCAACAGAACGUUCACCCGGGAUCCCAAACUUACAGGAGGGAGUCGGAGGGGCCAACAGUCCCUCUUCUCUUCACGGCAGUGAUGUGGAGGAUGAUGGAGCCAGCCCACGCCUGAACUGUACCCCUUUCUCAAGGAAACGGCGUAGAUUCAUGGAAGACCAGGAUCCGAUGUGCAGCACGCCCAUAUCUGAGGGAGAUUCUGUUUCUCCAAGACUCCAGCGGAGGAGAAGCCAGGCCGAUCCGCUCAGACGAGUCUUACUGACCACACAGAUGAAGAACCAGUUUGCUGGCCUGAACGUGCCAAAGAAAGAACAUUCUCAGAUCGAAGGGCCGAGCAUCUCCAACUCUUAUGGCUUCAAAGUCAGCAUGCAGAACCUGCAGGACGCCAAAGCUCUGCACGAGGUCCAGCACCUCACCCUGAUGGCCAUGGAGCUCCAUGCCAGAACCAGGCGAGACCUGGAGCCCGACCCGGAGUUUGACCCCAUAUGUGCCUUAUUCUACUGCUUCAGUUCCGACGCUCCACUCCCGGACGCAGACAGUACCCAGCUGACGGGCGCCAUCAUGGUGGAUAAAGACCACGAGCCCGGUGGACGAGCAGGUCGCAGGGAGACAGCGCCACUCCUGGUUCGGUCCGGUGUGUCCGGGCUGCAGGUGACCUACGCCAGUGAGGAGAAGAUGCUGUUCCAGGAGCUCGUUGGCAUCAUGAGGAGGUUGGACCCAGACAUCCUGUUGGGCUACGAGGUGCAGAUGCAUUCCUGGGGUUACCUCCUCCAACGAGCCGCUGUGCUGGGAGUGGACCUGUGCCAGCAGCUGUCCCGAGUGCCAGGCGACUCUAAAGAAAACCGAUUUGCUGCAGAAAAAGACGAAUAUGGCGCCGACACCAUGACAGAGAUCCACAUCAUCGGACGGGUCACGCUAAACCUGUGGAGGGUGAUGAAGAGCGAGGUGGCGUUAAACAGCUACAGCUUUGAGAACGUGGCCUUCCACGUUCUCCACCAGCGCUUCCCCCUCUUCAGUCACCGCACGCUGUCCGACUGGUUCGACCACAACACCAACUUAUACAGGUGGAAGAUGGUGGAUCACUAUGUGAGUCGGGUUUGCAGCUCCAUGCAUCUCCUGCAACAGAACGACAUCGUGGGCAGAACCAGUGAACUGGCCAGAUUGUUUGGGAUUCAGUUCCUCCACGUUCUGACUCGAGGUUCACAGUAUCGCGUUGAGUCCAUGAUGCUCCGUGUGGCCAAACCUCUGAACUACAUCCCUGUGACGCCCAGCGUACAGCAGCGAGCCCAGCAGAGGGCGCCGCAGUGCAUCCCCCUGGUCAUGGAGCCAGAGUCGCGCUUUUACAGCAACUCAGUGUUGGUCCUGGACUUCCAGUCUCUCUAUCCGUCCAUCGUCAUUGCAUACAACUACUGCUUCUCUACCUGCCUCGGUCACCAAGAGAGCCUGGGAACACCCGAUGAGUUUAAGUUCGGCUGCACGUCUUUGCGUGUUCCUCCUGAAAUGCUUUACCAACUUCGCAACGACAUCAAUGUGUCUCCCAGUGGGAUCGCCUUUGUUAAGUCCACGGUGCGUAAAGGCGUCUUGCCCCGGAUGCUAGAGGAGAUCCUCAACACCAGAAUCAUGGUAAAGCAGUCCAUGAAGACCUACAAGCAGGACAAAGCCCUGAUGAAGCUGCUGGAUGCCCGCCAGCUCGGACUCAAACUCAUCGCCAACGUCACCUUCGGCUACACCUCCGCCAACUAUUCUGGGCGCAUGCCAAGCGUGGAGGUGGGAGACAGUAUCGUCCACAAAGCCAGGGAGACGCUGGAGAGAGCCAUCAAGCAGGUCAACGAUACCAAGAAAUGGGGAGCCAGAGUGGUGUAUGGAGACACAGACAGCAUGUUUGUUCUACUGAAAGGAGCCACCAAAGAGCAGGCCUUCAGGAUCGGGAAUGAGAUCGCCGAAGCCGUCACUGCCACCAACCCCAAACCGGUCAAGCUAAAGUUUGAGAAGGUGUACCUGCCGUGCGUGCUGCAGACCAAGAAGAGGUACGUGGGCUACAUGUACGAGAGCCUGGACCAGAAGGAGCCGGUGUUUGACGCCAAGGGGAUCGAAACCGUUCGGCGUGACGGUUGCCCCGCUGUUUCCAAGAUCCUAGAGCGAUCUAUUAAGCUGCUGUUUGAGACCCGGGACAUCAGCCAGGUCAAGCAGUUCGUGCAGUGUCAGUGUCUGAAGGUUCUGGACGGCCGGGCCAGCAUGCAGGACCUGACCUUCGCCAAGGAGUACCGGGGCAGCGGCUCCUACCGGCCGGGAGCUUGCGUCCCGGCGCUGGAGCUCACCAGACGGAUGCUGUCCUACGACCGGCGUUUGGAGCCGCGUGUGGGCGAGCGUGUGCCGUACGUGGUGGUGUAUGGGACUCCUGGCGUCCCCCUCAUCCAGCUGGUGCGCCGCCCCCUGGACGUGCUCCAGGAUCCAACCCUGCGCCUCAACGCCACUUACUACAUCACCAAACAGAUUCUGCCGCCGCUUGCCCGCAUGUUCCAGCUGAUAGGGGUGGACGUGUUCAGCUGGUACCAGGAGCUGCCCCGGGUCCAGAAGGCGUCAUGCUCGGCGGCGGCAGCAGGAGACGAGGUGGGCAGGAAGGGAACCAUCUCCCAGUAUUUCACCACGCUGCACUGUCCCGUGUGCGACGAGCUGACUCAGCUGGGAGUGUGCUCGCAGUGCCGGGCCGAACCGCAGCGGGUCGCCGUCACUCUGUACCAGGACAUGAGGCAGUGGGAGAGCCAGCAGGAGCAGCUGCUGAAGGUGAGGACGCUCUCAGGAGCUCUGGACUGUGAGACGCCGAAGGUUUGCUCUUUUGAGCUGCACUUAAUGAAGAAGAUGCGAAGAUCUGCAGGAGCUGCAGCGGUGGCACUGAGCGGCAGGUUCCCUGCAUCUCCCUGGACUGUCCCGUUCUCUACAAGCUGUCUCGGGUCAACAGGCAGAUUUCUAAGGCGCCCUACCUCCGACAGCUGAUGGAGCAGUUCUGAUGAGCCCCUGAAAGCCAGCUAACUGGUGCUAAUGGCCUCCCCUACUCUCUGGUUUUUAACCAGGAGUCUGUGCUCCUCAGGGGGUUCUUUACAGAUCAGCCUGAUAGUUGUGAACACAGGCUGAUGUUUAAUGCAUUCUGUUCAAAGGGUGCCCUUUUCCUCUAACUUUCAUGGAGCUGAUGAUUGUCCAGAAUCAUCCGUUUGUUUUAUAACUGUGGGACUGUUGCAAUACUCUUAAUAAUUUAUUCUACGCAGAGUCCGUUAUUUCAUUGUGGUUUAGUAUCUAACUGUUCUGAAAGCAGGCGGAGACGGAACCCUCAGCUCCUCUCAGAUGUGCGCAGCAUGUGUGUGUUUGUAUAAAUGUACAAAUUCAAGUGUUUUUGGUGGUUUUUAAUGGAUGAUGCUGUGGGUGAAGGUGUCAGACUGAAAAUAAAAAUGUCAAGUAUUCA